GAGGAGGAGGAGGAAGGGGCGGCCGGGCUGCGGUGCGGCGGCGCGGCCGGCAGGUGGCGCGCUCCGCCCAGGCGGGGGGCGAUGGCGGCGGCGGAUUUGGGGCGACUUCGGGCCUAAAGCGGCUCCGCGCUCGUCAUUAUUUGUAACCAUAGAGCAUGAAUUACCUCCUGAGGUCAUCAGCGAGAAUUUACGACUGGUCAACAAAAGCACGUGACGCCCGAACGCACCCCCCACCCUCCCCCCAUAUUUGGCCGCAUACAUAGCAAAAACGAAGUACAGUGCAUCGCUAUAAUUCAUUAAUACAUCAUAAAUCGUCAAGCACGGGGUUAUAACGACCACGAGCCACAAAUCAAGCCCUCCAAAAUAACCCAAAUGAGCUCUUACUUUGUAAACUCGUUCUCAGGGCGCUACCCAAAUGGCCCCGACUAUCAGUUACUAAAUUAUGGGACCGGCAGUUCCAUGAACGGUUCUUACAGAGAUUCAAGCACCAUGCAUUCCAGCUCUUAUGGCUACAACUACAAUGGGAUGGACCUUAGCAUCAACCGCUCAGCCUCCUCCAGUCACUUUGGGGCUGUGGGCGAGAGCUCCCGCGGUUUCCCUUCUCCAGCUCAGGAGAGCAGGUUUAGACAGGCGUCCAGCUGCUCCUUAUCUUCUCCCGACUCCCUGCCCUGCUCCAACAGCGAGAGCCACGGAGGCAAACCCGCCCCGUCCCCCUCCGAGCCGGCUCCUGCUGCCAGCAGCACCAACACAAAUUUCACAGAACUAGACGAGACCAGCGCGUCCUCGGGAGCCGACGAGGGCACUCCAAUAAGCAGCAGCAUCCCCCGAGCGCAGGCAGAGCCCAUCGCGACCUCCACGGCAGCGACAGAAGGGCAGGCACCUCAGAUAUUCCCUUGGAUGAGGAAACUUCACAUUAGCCAUGACAUGACUGGACCAGACGGGAAGAGGGCGAGGACAGCGUACACUCGCUACCAGACCCUGGAGUUGGAAAAGGAAUUCCACUUCAAUAGAUAUCUCACCCGCAGGAGGAGAAUAGAGAUCGCUCACGCGCUCUGCCUCUCCGAGCGCCAGAUCAAAAUCUGGUUCCAGAACCGGCGCAUGAAGUGGAAGAAGGAUAACAAACUGAAAAGCAUGAGCCUGGCCUCGGCCGGCAGCGCCUUCCAGCCCUGAGCCGCCGCCCAACCGGGGGGAAGGAGGUGAAGAGGAGGAAAAAAUUGAAAAAAAACCCCAAAAAACCACGACAGAACCCCCGAGUGAAAAAUGGGAUGGAUGAAGGCACGGCUGGGAGCUGCGGGUGGGGAGGACUGUGGGGCUGAUCGCUCCCCAGAGCAGCUCCUGGGGAAGCCUCGGCCCGCACCGAGCUCCUGGCGUGCCCUCCUUUGGGAGUUUUAUUUUUUUUUUCUGUUUGUUUGUUUAAAAAAAAAAAAAGAGAGAAAAAAAUUAAAUUUAAUUUCCAGAUGCUCCUCCCGCUCUCGUUGUUCUUCUAAAUGUGUGUGUCCGUGCUCUCUUGGUGCUCUCUGGAAAGCUGGCAUGUGUUCUGUGAGCCUUUGAAUGUGAUAACUUAUUUAUGAGUCCAGAACAGAUACGGUUCUCGGUUUAUUUGUCGGGAUUUUUAUUAUUUUUUAAUUAAUUUUUUUCCCUAUCCUUUUUUUUUUUUUUCCGAGUUUCCUGCUCUUGGGUGAGGUUUUUCUCCGCCUGAGAGAAAACCGGGGGUUCCUGCACUACAGUCAAAGAAAAAAAAAAAAAAAGUCUUUAAAAAGCGACAAAAAUGUAAAAAAAAAUAGGAAAAAAAAAAAAGAAAAAAAAAAAGCAGCAGCUCUUGUAUCUUUCUGUCUUAAAAUUGUCCAGUCUGUGUUUUAGUCCGAACUCCAGGCCAGGAUUUCUAAUCCCAGCCUAAUUCCAAGGCGUACUCUUAGACGUGGGUGAACUUCACUAUUAAAAAAUUGAUGACGAUAACAAGAAUUAAUAACUCAAAAAAAAAAAAAAAAAGGAAAGAAAAAAAGAAGGGAAAAAAAUAUGUAUAAAAGCGGAGAGCGACGCUGGAGCGCUCCGAUGUUUGUAAAUAUUAGAAAUAUUUCUGCCGUGAGUAAUAGCCGGGUCGUAGUGGGCAGAGUGAAUGCGGUGUUCUGUGUAAAAAUGGCAUCUGUCAUGUCUAGCAGCCGGGUAGUUCUUGGCCGAGCAGCUUUUUGUAUUUGUUUGUAGCUUUACUCGAACUCAAAUAAACGUUUCCCCCACUCGCAAA